CUAAAACCCUAGUUUAUAUCAUUAUUCGACAUUUUCAACCAUUCAACCAGCAACAUUUUGUAGAUAACAAUUUUUUGCCAUUGCGAAUUGCUACUAACAGUACUAACUGUGGACACCGUAACCCGUUUACCCGUUGGCAAUUAUAGUUUCUUACUUUUCUAAAUUCUUGAAUUAUUAUUUUUUCUUGAAAUCAGAAAUCAAACGUUUUAUUUUUAUUUGUACAAUUUAAGCACGUUAAUACAUUUUCUUUCGAACUCCUACAUUCAAUCGAUUUGAUUAUUGCACUGCAAUAUAAUAAUUAAUAACGAUUGUUUUUUAUUGAUUAAACUGUUACAUAAUGGCAGUAUCGGCAGCUGCUGCGUUACUUGAUGAACUCAUGGGGAGAAAUCGAAAUGAUGGUCCGAACGCUCAAAAGAAACCCGUACAUUGGGAAGAUCCUGAGUUUUGUAAAUACUUUAUGGUUAAAUUUUGUCCUCACGAUCUUUUUGUUAAUACUCGUGCUGAUCUUGGAGCUUGCCCAAAAGUUCAUUGCGAAGAAGCUAAAACUCAAUAUAAUGAAGCUAGUAGCCGUUCCAAAAUGCAGUAUGAAGAUGAAUUUGUGGCAUUUGCUACUAGUUUAUUAAAUGAUGUUGAGCGCCGCAUCGAAAAAGGAAAACAAAGGUUGGAGCUUAUGAAUAAAACUGAAACGCCGGUGUCCCAUUCUAAUAGCCAAAGUCAGAAAAAUCAAGAGCAAAUUAAAUUAUUGUCAGAAAAAAUUAAUGGGUUAGUACAAGAAGCUGAACAAAUGGGUAUUCGUGGACAUGUUGAAGAAGCUCAGGGACUGAUGAAGCUUUGUGAUCAAUUAAAAGAAGAACGGGAUACCCUAAGAAAGCAAAAUGAGAGUAUCCAUUGGUCACAAACUUAUGAACUAGCUGCUGCUCAAGAAAAACAAAUGGAGGUAUGUGAAGUAUGCGGAGCUUUUUUAAUUGUUGGCGAUGCGCAGUCCCGUAUUGAUGAUCAUUUGAUGGGAAAACAACAUAUGGGUUAUGCUCGAUUAAAAAAUGCUGUGAAUGAAAUACAAGAGCAAAGAAAAAAAUAUGUAGAAGAAAGAGAAAAACAACGCGAAGAAGAAAGGAAAAAACGCAUGGACCGUACUAGGAGUAAAUCUAAAGACGUAGAUAGACAUAGUCGUGAUACUAAUAAUGACAAGAGAUCUAAAAGCUCUCGAGACCGAUCCCAUCAUCGAAUUGAUAGAAAAUCUGAACGACACGAAAGAGAUAGACGGAGAAGUAGAAGUCGCAGUGAUCGUCAUUCUUCUAAUAGUCAUAGGCAUAGAGGGCAUAAUGGCAACAGUCGUAGAGAUCACUAGAAUUUUAUUCAAGACACAUUUCAAUUCAGGUAAAUAYUUUUUAUUUUAUCGCGUUAAAGCAUAUUUGGAAUUGAUUUUUAAAAACGCGAUGAUAUUGAUGAGGUGUGUUAUUUAAAACAAGAACGGGGUAAAGCUUAUAAAUAUGUUAAUUUUAAAAUAAAAACAAAAGAAAAAAUAUCCAUAAAAAAUAUUUGUUUGAUAACAAAUCCUGUUACAACUAUGGUGUAAAUUAUCACAUAGCAGAAGAAAAUGGUCAUAUUGGGCGCUUUAUUUCAAAAAAGUGCUUACUCAUCAUUCGAAAGUCUGCAGAUCUUCAAAAUUAACAUGUGACUUUUUGUCAGGUAUUUAUAUGAAACGAGGUAUUUAUAAAAAAUAAAAUAUCUGAAGUAAAUAAAUACAGUGAAUUGUGUUAAUAUAUAUAACAAAACCUAUUUAUGGGAAGUUUUAUUCAAUAUUAUGUUGCAUUUUUUUACGGCAGAUCUCAAUAUAAAGUUGUAUACUUUAAAUUAAAUAAUUAAUUAGUUAUUUUAUCUAUAAAUCAAGUGUUAUUCUAUGUAUUGGCAAAAAUUUGCCCAUGGU